GGGGGAAUUUCCGGGCUGCUCGGCCGGAAGGAACAGUCAGCGCGGGACCGGCGCCGGACGGGGAGUGCUACCACCAUGGCCGGAGAGAUGACGGUGCUGGGUUCGGCUGUAUUGGCUCUCCUCUUGGCUGGCUAUCUGGCACAGCAGUAUUUACCUAUGCCUACACCAAAAGUCAUCGGGAUUGACCUUGGUACCACUUAUUGCUCUGUUGGUGUAUUCCUGCCUGGCACAGGGGAGGUGAAGGUUAUUCCAGAUGAAAAUGGGCACAAUAGCAUACCGAGCAUGGUCUCCUUCACAGACCGGGAUGUGUAUGUAGGGUAUGAUGGCCUAGAACUGGCAGAUUCUAAUCCACAGAAUACCAUAUAUGAUGCCAAAAGGUUCAUUGGGAAAAUCUUCACUCCAGAAGAGCUGAAAAGUGAAAGUAGCAGAUACCCGUUUAAGAUUUUCAGCAACAAUGGGACAGCUGAAUUUUUUAUUACAACCAAUGAAACCUUUAGUGUCACCCCGGAGCAUAUAGGGGCUCAAUUGCUCCUGAAAUUGAAGAAGAUGGCAGAAGAGAAUCUUGGCAUGCCAGUUUCCAAGGCAGUUAUCUCAGUGCCAGCAGAGUUUGAUGAAAGGCAACGAAACUACACUAUUAAAGCAGCUAACCUUGCAGGGUUAGAGAUCUUGAGGGUCAUUAAUGAACCCACUGCUGCAGCUAUGGCAUAUGGUCUCCACAAAGCUGAUGUAUUUAAUGUCUUGGUAGUUGAUUUGGGUGGAGGAACUUUGGACGUCUCUUUGUUGAACAAACAAGGAGGGAUGUUUCUGACGCGAGCCAUGGCAGGGAACAACAAGCUUGGAGGUCAAGAUUUUAAUCACCGGAUACUUCAGUAUUUAUAUGAACAGAUAUACGGAAUGUAUGGUUCUCUGCCUUCCAAGAAGGAAGAAAUACAUAGACUCAGACAAGCUGUGGAAGCAGUUAAGUUAAAUUUGACUCUUCACAAUUCUGCCUUACUUAGUGUGCAUCUUUCCAUGCCAAAAAGAAAGGACCUAGAAGAACUUGUAGAGAGAGAGCGAGAAAUGAACAAUGUAUUUGAAAACAAGCCUUCAAAAGAGGAAGACGGUAUGAAAAAAUCUUUAAACAAUGACUCUUCACAAACACACAGCAACGCUGUCAAAGUUUUCUUUGAAACAGAAAUAUCAAGGAAGCUCUUUGAGACACUGAAUGAGGACCUUUUUGGGAAGAUUCUUCUGCCUAUCGAGCAGGUGUUGAAGGAAGGACAUCUUCACAAAACAGAAGUGGAUGAAAUUGUAUUAGUAGGGGGCUCCACUAGAAUUCCCCGGAUACGCAAAGUUAUUCAAGACUUUUUUGGAAAGGAGCCCAACACUUCUGUGGACCCUGACUUGGCAGUUGUAAUAGGUGUAGCUAUCCAAGCAGGAAUUGUUGGAGGGUCCUGGCCUCUCCAAGUCAGUGCUAUAGAAAUUCCUAAUAAGCAUUUACAAAAAACUAACUUCAACUGAACUUCAUUGCUAUCAUCACAUUCCAUCCUUCACUCCUCCACAACACUUCAUUCAUAAGUGCAUGCUUACCCAACAAACAACGAAGUCCAGUCUUAGCCAUGUUAGAUCCAUCUUGAUUUUUUUUUUUUUUCCCCAGUUAAAAGCAUUAAUGGACUGUUUUGAAUGUUCUGGCUAUAUCUCUCUUUUUGAAGGUAUUAGCAACUUUAAAUUACUGAACAUGAAGUCAUCCUCUGAUUGGCUUGUAGACUGGAGAUUGGAUGUAGACAUACCACCACCACCACCGGAGAUGCACUUUUUUUUUUUUCUCUUUUGCUAAAUUUUAUUAGCAGAGCCUGAAUACUUGAUUACUUAAAAAUGGAAUUCAGCUAUUAGAACCCAGGCUAGAGAUGAUGUUGACAUCAUGCUCUGGACAUUCCCAGGUGUUUGUAUUUACUGUGAAAUGAAGUUGUAACAGUGUUAAUGCAGAUAGCUUUGGUAAUGUUCAGCUUUUAAAUUUAUUUAUUACUUAGUUAACUGAGCACUUUAAGCACCUUCCUAUGUGUCAUUCUGCAGCUUGAAUACUGUCAAGUAAGUCUUCUGCUAUUAUUUAUAACAGAGCAGUGGCACUGUGGAGACUGAGGAUUUGUUCCCUCUUAGACAGUUUGUUUGCAACCCAGACUAAUUUUGGGCCUUGUCAUAUAUGUCAUUGCUCAUGUAAUGGGCAUUUUCUAAAUUUAAGCAAUUGCCACAAUCUAGCUUUGUAACUUAAAGGGACUUUUUCCAAAAGACAGAUGCAUUAGGGGCAAUACAAAAGUAAUAAUAGUAUCCAUUUUCAUACUUUCCAUUCCUCCUAGAACUAAGGAAUUGCUCACCAGACAAAAACCUUUAACUGUUUUACAUAAAAAGACAGCAAAAUAAGUCCCACACAACUUCCCUUAUUUUCAAAUCGCAUACACUUACAUGCAUUGUACGAUCAAGCAGGUGUUUGGCUAGGAUGAAUAAAGCCUUUUGGUUUUUUCCUUAACAUUCUAACAGUAGGAAUGGAGGACUGUCAGAAACCUUCUGGCUUGAGUUCAGUCCCCAUAGAUUUAGUAAAUAAAGUUAAUUCAACUCAGCUUGUACAUGCCAGUUAGCAUACUGGUGCCUUCCUUUGUAGGUUCUUGAAUGUUGAGCCUUACUGUGACUUGCAUGUGGAGCGGUAGCUCUGAUCUGUAAAGAGAAGCCAAAACAUGUAACUCAGAAUUUGGGGUGUGCAUGCAUCUGCCCUGUGGGAUUCAUUUCUGCUGACCGAGUGUGGAUGCAAAGUGUAGUUGGUUGUAACGGUUUGUCUAAGGACAUAGGCAGACAGGGUUCUUUGGGUAGAUGUGAUGUCUAUUUUUUGGACCAACUCAGUAGUUGGAAAAAUGUUAUUUGCAAGCUUUUGGGCACAAACACCCUUCUUUAGGCAUCGGGAGACUCUGCUGCUGUUAUGUAUUUUCCAAGAAAUCUUGUUAUACUUUAGCUUCUUUUCUACCUUGGAGAACACACAACGGCAGCAGUCUCCCAGUGCAAAGAGUAGAAAUGUAUUUACAGUUAACUUGAUUCUUGAGAUCUCUGCUUUUAGAAGAGACUUAUCUUCCCGUAUUUGCUUUAGAGAGGUAAAUUGUAAUGUUGAAAAGCCAAGUGAAUUUUCUUUUUAUACAUAUAAAAUUUUUUUUUAUAGUCAAAAAACAACACGGUAUCACUGCUUCAUCUGAAUCAUAAAUAGCUAAGGAAGCUCUAGUUAAAUCUGAAACUGUUCUUUUUCAGAGUGAGCCUGUAAUGUUGAAUGUUUUGCUGUCCUGUUUUCCAUCCUAGAGACUUAUCUCUUCACUAAAAAGCUUGCACUUAACUUUAAAAAAUACAGAGUUUUGUUGGAAUAAGUGCAAUUCUACCACGCUCCAGUCCCCUCAGUUUUUAAGUUCCAAAGGAUUCCAAAGGCUAAUGCUAGUAGUUUUCUGGUUUAAAUUAAGAAAAAACAAAAAGCUUGCAUACUCAGUUUUUUUUUUUGUUUGUUUUUUUUAUAAACAAAGGUACAAUUCCUCUACUUGACUGGGACCUCAUAGCUUGUGUUAGUAUGAGUCUCAAAGUAACAAGAUGAGAGAAUUUUAUGAAACCUGGUUGUAUAACUGCAGAGACUGUUGGGAGAUUAAGUGAAGCAUGCCUGAAACUUUCUAACUUUUAAGGUGGUGGCCUUUCUGUACAACAGUAGAUAAAUGCCAAUAUAUAGUACAAUUCUUUUGUGAGAGUAAUAGGCUGCUAUCUAUUUUUAGGUCAAGUUUUACAUAUGUGAGUGUAUUUGCAAGGUAUGGAACCAUGUACUAACUAUAGCCUUUAUAAGAAGUGGAGCCUUGGCAUGUGGCCAGUUGAUAGUAUUCAUAAAGUUCAUUAGAACUGCAGUGGGUAAGAGACUUAGGUUUUGUUUUCCUUCAAUGCACUUGUUGCAUAAAAUUAAAACCAAACCAUAACUAAUUAAACUUUUUUUCAAGUUUGGGAAGCAAGGAGAAGGCUUCAUAGGAAUAGCAACAUAUGAAACUCCUUGUGAAUACACAAAGCACCAACUGUUAAAAUAUGUUUCCAAGUGAUGGAACUUGUUUAUAUCCAGAUUCACACAGAAAGGGAAGUCAUUUCCUUUUUACAAGUCAUCCUUGAAUAUACUUAGCCUGAGACUUGUACAGAGUGGUUUAUAUGCAUUGGGCAUAUCUCAUUGUGUGUGUGUGUCAGUCUAUUUUUUUUUUUUUUUUAAAUCUUGCCUGUUUCUCGUUAAUUUACUAGAGUUAUUUAUUUUGCAUCUUUAGUUAAUUUUGGUACUGUGUGCUGGCACAAACCAGUGAAUUUUUAAAGGGUAAGUGGAACACUGCAUUCUGCAUUUUUUUUUUUUUUUUUUUUAAAUGCACAUGCAUGUACAGCCAGCCAUGACUAUAUUCCAGUUAAAUGACAAGGGUUAUAAUUUCUGUCUUUAAAAAGGUAUCUGUAGCAGGACUGAGCACCAGGGGUGGCCAUAACCCUUCCUUGUGGCCUUGCGACUCCUGCCCUGCACCAGCUCUCUGGGUGUCCUCCCUUCGUGCUCUCUCACUUGCCAUGUCUUGCUGGUAGUGUUUUACUGGGAGAGGGGGAGGCUGCCCCCCAGGUUUCCAGAGCAAGCCUUUGUCUACCACCAGACUGGAUUCCUUCCAAACCCUGUCAGCCCCCAUCCUGCUCUGAGGCACUAGGUAGGGUCCACCUAGCCAGUCCAUGCUCUAGCACACUGAUUGCCGUAAGUGCUAAUUUUGUGGCUUCUGACCUCUCCUACAGCCAUGCCUAUGCCUCUCAGAUGUUACCAGUCAUCACUUACUGAGGCACUUUGACCACAAGCCAGUGUCAGGCCACCUCAAGCCUCUACACCCUUAUUGUAGCCCUGGCCUUCCUGGCUUCCAUCCCACUUCCCUAGCUGGCCCCCUUAUCUUAAGGCCACCUCACCAGACUUCAGUUUAAGGGUGUUAGCCCUAGUGUAAUAGUUUUGGGCUCUGUUUCUUUCCCCUUGGGCUUCAGGCACCUGGCCCUAGUUUUCAUCCUCUUGCUUUUUUGGGCCCCUGGCUCUGGUCCACCUUGGGCUAUGGCCUGACCACCUGUCAACAUCUUCUUCAUCCCAGUUUCUGGCAGGGCUCCAAAGCACCCAUAUGCCCCAUUGGGUACCACUGUGACCUCUUCUCUGUUAGUCCCACCAAUCUAAAUGAGCAACCACUUGACAUACAACCUUCCCCCUCUGGGCAAAUUAACUUAAGGAAAGAAAAGGGCACCUUUAAAGAGAACCUCUCCCCCUUGGGGGAAAGAAAGAAACAUGCCUUCAGCCAGCCAUCCUCCAGCAGGGGUCUCACCUCCCUGCUAGUGUUUCCCAAGCAGCUGUUCCCUGCUCAGAGCUCUUUCCUGUAGCAUACCAGACUUCCUUCUGCUCUCCAGAUCUGAGUUUUUAAGCUUCAUGGAGGGUGGGGCCCCUUCAGUCAUGUGAAGACUGGCACAUCUGCUCUUACCUAAGUCUAAUGAACUGCUUACUGCUGUUAUACUAGUUUCUGUUGAAGGUCUCUUGCUGUUUAAGUGUGGCUCUGCCCUGUCAGCUGAUUGCUGUGCAGAUAGCUGUGAUAAGCAAUUGUAAGCUAUGAGCCCCUGGCUACCUAUGCCCUUGCAGCCAGCCUGUAAUGGGCAGUGCUGCUUCUCCAAUCUGGGGAUUUCCCUACUGCUGUUUCUCCCUAGGAGUAAUGGGAACCCUGGCUCCCUCUUACCGUAUCCUACAAUUUAUCUCGAUUUUUUUUAUCUGACUUCAGCUGUGCCAAAUACAAAGUAUUGAGGUAGGUUUCAUGGGUUGCAGUCCAAGAAGUGGAUGUGUUUAGCACUACUUUCAGCAAGAUCAGGUCCCUUGAUGUGUACAUCAUCUGCAUCUGGGAAAAAUAAGAUGUAAUAUUGAACAACUGCAUUUAUAAACAGACUUUUAGUAUGUUUUUAAAUAAAAGCAAUUACAUCUG